AUGAAAGCUAUGAUUCUACCUGAAACAUCGUUAGAUCCUGAAGUAGUCGUUCGAGCACGUGGGCUUCCAUGGCAAGCAACAGAUCAUGACGUGGCGCAGUUUUUCAUUGGUUUGAAUAUUGCUCCCGGUGGAGUAGCACUUUGCCUUAGUCCAGAAGGUCGUCGUAAUGGUGAAGCAUUAGUAAAAUUUGAAGAUUCUGAACAGCGUGAAUUAGCCCUUAAAAGGCAUCGACAUUUUCUUCAUAAUCGUUAUAUUGAAGUAUAUCGGGCAACUGACAGCGAUUUUCUACAAGUUGCAGCAGAAUGA